UGUUUUCAAGAAAUCUUUAACGUGGAAAAUUAUCCACUUGUUCCUUGCCUGGUGAUCUACCGUUGCCAGGAGAGCAAUCAUCGCUUGAGUCUAUUGUGACACAAGUUUCUCCUGUUCCGCCGUCGCACACACACGCACGUCAUGGUGGGCGAACUCGCCAACUACAGACAUGAGUCUGACUCAGUCGGGCCGCGACCCCCGAGAUGGAUACAGAUCACCACCACCUCAACAGCCACCGCGGUAGAGAAGAGGUUCGGGGACUCUCUUGAGCGAGGGGAUGUGUGCUACUCCCAGAAACUGACGGGGCUGGUGGAACCCUUCCGCGUCAUGGACGACAUCCUCCCCGACGACGGAGUCGACAGGAGGAGGUCUUUCACGAUCCAUCGGGGGACGUUCCUACUGGAGGAGGAGGAGCUGGAGGUCGAGCCGCCUCCGGAGCGACCGGAAGUGUUCCCUAGGAAGAGGGUGACCCAGGAGGUGGACCCGCGGACCCCCGGGAGAGAGAACUGGACACUCUCCCAGAGCUACCUGACACUACCCGGGCCCGCCAGGGAGUCGCCCCCGCCGCUCCGUCACAUGUACCAUGAGACGGAGAGGGAUAGUCUGAACGCCGCCCCGGACCCUCCGUCCCUCAAGCCCUCGGGUCGGGACAAGAUCCGUCCCAGCAGACUGCUCGGCCUGCUGUCGCCUUCUCACAACGACAUGCUGCAGCACAAGGAGCCUUUUGGCCACCUGUGGGUGCAGCUGAGUUCUCUCUAUGGCAAGCUACUGAUCAUCCUUAUGAUUGCCUUCACUCUAGUCGAGGUCAUGGACAACAAUGUCAAACUUCUCUCUCUGCAGGGAGUGUACCUGAUCUACCUGUAUGUGGGCAGCAUAGCGGUCAUCAUCUGCAUCUACAUCUGGGUAUUGGCUGACAGUUGUGCGUCCAUGCAUGCUGACUCUGACGCAGAACCCACCAUCACGACGUCGGUGAUAGCUGACGCAGAGCUUGGAGGACUGACGCUCACUCGCUUCGGCUCACUCAAACGAGCUCAUCUCUCCAGGCACCAGGCCUCUGGGACCAGCUUCUACCUUCGGAUUGGGGCUUUAGCCUUUGGUCUGGGCACGCUGGUGUUCAAUGGUCUGGAGAUGGCGAUGCACUCCAUGAUGGAGGCUCCAUGUCUCAAUGAUGUUGUCUUUGUGCAUCCUGUCUUACAUGGACUCUUCACAUUCCUCCAGAUGCACUUCCUCUUUGUCAACUCACAGGUGUUAGUGGAGAGGUUUGGGUUGGUAGCUAGGUUUGGCUUCAUGCACCUUGCUGCCACCAACCUAGCGCUCUGGGCUCGCUUGGUCAUCUGGGAGUCUGGCAAUGAGUGGACCUACUUUGUCUACCUGGCGCAGACGGCUGGCGUAGUGCCACGAGCCUCCUCCUACGACGCCUCAGUCCCCACCCCUCUGCAACUCAAAGGCUUCCCUCGCUCUGUCACUGACUCUGCACGGUUCCAACGUGACUUGCGUCAUGUUGGCAAUGCGACUGCCAGUGCAUGGAACUCUCCUGUUUACCAUCCCAUCUCUGAUAGCCACAUAGAGCAGGUGGUCGCCUUACAUCAAUGCCUCAACACCAACUCUCUCGGCCAACUGUGGACCUCAUCUAUGCCGUUCCUCUAUCCAUUCAUCAUCCAGUUCAGUCUGAUAGCAGCUGGAGUGACAUACGUGAUGGGUCGCAACGUUGGUCGAGACAGAAUCAGCAAAAAGAAGUCAUUUCACAAGAAAGCAUUCAUCAACAACAACAACAAUAAUAACAACAACAACGGAGUGUGCAAAUCUGCCAACAACUGUGAUAUGGACCCUCACUACAUGAACCCCCAGAUUGACUGCACGGGAGCCAGCAAAGGUCUGUUUCUGGGUAUUCUGUGUCUUGUGGCUGGUAUCGUGGUCAUCAUCAUUUUCCUGGUGGUGAAGGACGACGAAGGCUUCCCUUCAGAGACUCUGUUUUGGAUGAUCACCGGAACUCUCGCUGGCAUUUUGGCCAUCAGCUGUAUCAUGACUAUUCUGGGACUCGUGCAGAUCCGCAAGUUGUCACUGACAGGUCGUGGUCCAACCACCCUAGACAGUCUACUCUCCACAGCCACCUUGUCUGGGGUGCAGCUGUACUCGGUGUUUGGUGUGGUGGUGGGGGCGGCCACUGUGGCUGUAGCAGCCAAUCACAGCAGAGAGCAGCGCACCCACGCCAUGCUGCUCAUAGUCAGUGGUCUGCAGCUAGUACAGUCUGCUGCUCAGAGUUGUCUCAUCGGGGAGGCUCUACGGCGCACCAGCAUCACCAGACACCAGCUGCUCACCAAGCCUGGGCGUCAGGUGAUCACAUUCCUGCUGUGCAGCAACAUUGCUUUGUGGGCUUUUCACUCCUUCGUAGGCCAGAGCUGGCUGAGUCAGGAACUUCAACUUAGGUACCUCGGUGUGUUGGCCUGGGGAGUCAUCUCCCGCAUCUCCCUUCCUCUACUGGUCUUCUACCGCUUCCACUCUGGCGUGCUGCUCCUCGAGGUAUGGCAGAGAGCAUAUCGCUGCUCCCGUCUGCAGGACAAUUGACAAUCACGACGAUCCAGACGGGCCACAGGACGAGGUGCCAAGCAGCCUAAGCAGGUGCCACUGCCAGGGCCGGAGGUAGAGUGUGUCUAUUUGGCACCUCAUCAUGGCUCCUUCUUCCUCAACUUCGAAUAUGCACUUCCACCUCCACGCAGAAAAAAACUUCUUCCUCACCAAUGCAAGAAGCGUGAGCCUGUACCAUGCUUUCUGUUGGACCCUUACACAUCCACCCCCUUCCGCAAAGUUCCUUGGCAUCCAAACCUACACAUGUUAAAAUUUUGAAAGUAUUACCUACGGUUGGUUUAUGCUUAUUUUGAUUUUAUAUUGAAAUUGAAAAAAAAAAACACUCUUCUACGUUUGGCAUCCAAAGACAUACUAUGUUCAAAUACUUAAAAUUGCGAAAACACAAGGUGGUUCUUAAAGACAUAAACAACUUUACACACCUAUAAACACAUUAAUAGUUUUAUAACUUACAUCCGUUUGGUUGGUUUUAAUGUAUAGUAAAAUACCUCAAGUUUUAAUUUUAGAUAGCUGAUUGUUGUCAACAAUGUAAAAAAUUUGACAACGGGUAAGGUUCAGUGUUUACUGUUUGGGAAGAAAAUGGCAACUUAAAUUUUAGAGAAAUUGGUUUUGUGUGUUUAAGUUUUAAAAUACUUGAACAGUUAUUAUUGUUCAACGUCAGUGUUGGACCCUUGAUAAUAUGAAUUUCAUCUACGACUGACAUAAGAAGUUCAGCACAAUAGGUUUAUGAAAGAAGGAAAAAACCUGACAGGACUACGGUAACUAAUGAAGUUAAGUAAGUUUGUUCAACUGUUGCACUAAUUGAGAGUAUUGACAGCUCUACUGUUUUAAGAGUUUGGUCAGAAUAAAAAAUAUAUGAUUUGUAUGUGAACUGAAGUACGCAUAACAAACAUUUAUCAUACACGGGAAAAAGCUUGACAAUAGGAACUUUCUAAAAAUUGAAGGUGCAUUCUCCUUGUAAUAACUAAAACAUAGCUGUAUUGACCAACAAAGUUGUUCAUUCUUUUAGAAUCACCCUGUUUUUUCUGUGAUUGGUUACGCUUAGAUUUGUCCUAAAAAUUUUACAGUGGCAAAAGAGACCUAAUCUAAAAGAAGCAAAUAUUUCUCUUGGUAAUUAAUUUUCACUAUUUUCAUUACAAAGAAAAUUAUUCAAUUCCUUGAUAACUCCUAAGACCUUAAAAAUCUAUAACCUAAGGGUUUUUAAAUAUUCAAAUUUCAAAUCAUCCCUUUUGUCAGUUUGAUCCAUCCAUUGGAAAUAGCUUUUAAAACAACUAUGACAAGAUAAAUGUGUCAAAAAAGAUUGAGUGUUAGCUUAAGUGUAGACCAAAACAUUGUUAACUAGUUGAUACCAACCCAUAACAUUUCUUCAGAAUGCUAAUGGCCAGUCAAAGGAUCGAAAAAUAGUUUUGUACAUUUUUGUUUUAUUUAUUCACUAUAAAUAUUUGUUCAAAUGUAUAUAUAAUCUGUCUAUAAAAUGUACUUAUAUAUAAAAUUACUAAUUUUGUACAAAAAUACUAACAUUUAUGUGAAUAUUUUUAUAUAAGGAAACUGAAUUAUGGCUAUUUUUACUUCUUGCACUGGCCUGAAAACUAAUGAAAUUUCAAACAAAUUAAAUUUUAAAUCCAUACAAUGUUUAUGUUGUACCUAACAUUUCAUAUGCCAUAUUAGAAUUACUUUGUUAGUAGUUAAGAAUCAAACUUAGUUAAGAAAGUGUAAUUGUAAAUAGAAUAAUGUUAGAUUUGGAUUCAGUUGAAGGAAAACAGCUCAAUUAUUAUCAAUUGAUUUCUUUCUUAGUACUGCAGUAAUGUCAUAGAGUUGAUUUUGUAACACUUCUAUGUUAGCAGAAUUGGUCAUAAGUAUUUAAAAAUAUAAUGUAUUUUUAAAGUGAUCUCCAAAUAAGUUGUUUUUCAAAAGUUUUUAUGAAAUUUAAUUCCUAGAUAUAAGCUAUUAUUAUUUGUGAUAACAAAAACAGUUUUAUAACUGUCUUAUAUAACAUUGUGCAAUAUUGC